GUGAAUUCUAUUUGUUUAGAAUAUAUUCUCUCUUAGUGAAAUACAUGCAACUGAACACAGUGACAUUAAUUUAUAUCGUACACAUAAAUUGAUGCUUUCUUCGUUAAGUCAAUUUUUAGUUAACGAGAAUACAUUUAAAGAAAUGUUAAGAUUGCAAUAUAUUAAAGGACCCAUUAAUGAUGCUACUAAGGAUAAAUACAUAAAAACUUUUUUUGAAAUAGCUGCUAAUUUGUCAUUAUUUUGUUGUAAUGCAAUUUCUGAUCAUUCUACGGAUCGCAGAAUUAAUGGAAUAAUGUUCUUAGAAACAAUUCAAAGUAACGAUAAUUUAAAUAAUUCAAAUAAAAUAAUCCAUUAUUUAAAUGUUAUAAUCGAUCAACUAAAAAGCUCUGUAGAGUUUGUUUAUAACCAAAAUUAUACAGCAGAUAACUUAUUGUGCCAAAAAGCUGUACCACAAGACAUUAACGGUGAUGAAUUGGUAACACAUAAAUAUGUAAAAAGUUUUUUUAAUAUGAACCAGUGCUUGUGUACAACAAGAGACGCGCUAUCGCUUUGUGUAUUUGUAACAGAACAGUGUUUGUAUUUACUAUGGAGCCAUCUCGACUUUUAUGUACGAAAAACGUUUUCAAAUGAUUUUGAGCAUAAAUUAUUACUAGACAUCCAUCAACAAACGACGUGUUCUGAUGAUAUUGGACACUUGAAGAAAAGUUUAAUUUCAACUUUUAAUGAAACAUUUUGCAAACAUAUUUUGUGGACUUGUGAAUCAUGUGCACAAGUUGAAAAAGGAUUCAACGAAGCUCUUUUGCGUCGAAUUAAAUCUUUAAUACAAUUUGCAUAAUGAAAAACUACUAAUAUUUAAAAUUAGUUAUGUUAUACAAAUAAAUCGAUGUGGACAGUUAAUACACUGAUUUAAAAUGAAAUAUUUUAGUAGUUUAAUUUGCAUACAAUAUGAUGACAAUAUUAUUGUUUAGAAAAUAAUACUGGAUACACAUGAGAGUUUUGAUUGUAAUUUUAGCGGUCAUAAAUAUUACCUAUGCCAAGACAGCACCGAUGCUAGAAGGUCUAAAACGGGAAUGCAACACGAAUUUUUUUUUAAUUUUCUGAAAUUGCAAAUAUUAAUUAACUUUAAGCUUUUUU